CUGGGGGAUAGAGUUGCCCUGCCAGAUCUGCAGUCAAUCUGCACAUCAUCUGUGGUCUCAUGGCUUGAGGUGUGAUUCUGCAGCUUGUAAGCUCGUUUCAUUCAUUUGCUGCUUAGUGCAUGGUCAGGCAAGUUGUUUGAACCAGGGGGCUGGUUCAACCAGCCAUAAUUCCCAUUUGUAUUUCCACAGAUGGGAUAGGACUACUCACAUGUCUGAGACCCCCAGGGUAGGACAAGAAGGCUAUUAAAUACACAGACAUUGUAAAACUGUAGUAUUGUUGUUUGUGAAAACCAAAAGCUGCUGUUUAUUGUCAAAUCUUCUAAUAGUUCUUUAGAAACAUUAUCAAUAUGGGGGAAAUUAAUUCUUGGGAAGGAAAAAAAUAUAGUAAUUGUUUGACUUUGCUUCUUUUGCUUUUUAAAGGCAACAUAGUUAUAGCAUAAAGUUUCACUUUAACUUGUGGUGCUUGUCCAAAAAUUGCAGAAAGCUCAAGAGGGAUCAAGAGCAGGCUUUGUUUUGUGGCGAGAUUAAGAUGCCAUGCCACUUAGGCUUUCCAGCUUGUCUGUGUUUACUGUGCCCUGGCAAAGGCUCCCAAGCCUUCCAAAUCUGGGAUUUCCGUGCAGGGGGGCGCGGCAAUUUGGAUAUCUUUUCGCUGCUUUGGGGUUUUUAAUUUAGUUCUCUCUCUGUGAUCAGAAGUAAAAGCACUCGCCAAGAACAAGUGACAGCGUGUGCCCGUGCAAGUGGCCGGUGUCACCGUGCCACCCGAGCCGCAGAGUCUGCAGGGAGGCGUGCUCCGAACUACGUCUCCCAGCAGCCCGUACCGGCCGAUGAGGAAGUGCUGGCGAUGAUUGCUGCUGGACUUUGAGCAGAGUUUAAUCCCGAGAAAGGACGCGGUCCGAGGCGGGUGUCUCAGGUCGGUGCGGCGCUGUCCGUGCAGCGGGCCGGGAUGGCGGCGCGGGUGUCCGUCCUGCCCGCCCGCCGGUGCCUGUUCGAUGAGCCCGUGCGCAUCCGUGUGGCCGGGCUACAGCCGCAGCAGGCGGUCACCCUCCGAGCCAGCCUGGUAGACGAGAGCGGGGAGCUUUUCCAAUCCCACGCUCUCUACAGGGCUGGGAGCAGCGGGGAGCUGGACCUCAGCCGCUCCCCAGCGCUGGGGGGCAGCUAUUUGGGAGUGGAGCCGAUGGGGCUGCUCUGGGCUCUGCGGUCCAAAACGCCCUACAAGCGGCUGGCAAAGAGGAACGUCCUGACCCCUUUCUGUGUGGACGUGGAAGUGUAUGAGGGCCAUGGGGACACGAGCCGCUUGCUGGGAAAAUGCACCAAUGAACGAUGGUUUUUAGGAGAGGGGGUGAAGAGGAUUUCGGUCAGAGAAGGUCGUCUCAGAGCAACCCUCUUCCUCCCUCCUGGACCUGGCCCAUUCCCUGGACUUAUUGAUUUGUAUGGAUCUGGAGGAGGUCUUAUUGAAUACAGAGCAAGUCUCCUGGCUAGCAGGGGCUUUGUCACUCUGGCUCUUGCUUACAUGUCCUUUGAAGAUAUCCCUGCUAUGCCAGAGAUCCUUGAACUGAGCUAUUUUGAGGAGGCUGUGAACUUUUUGCGGAAACAGCAGCAGGUGAAAGAUACUGGCAUUGGUGUUUUGGGCUUGUCUAAAGGAGGUGAUCUAGCCCUUUCAAUGGCCACAUUUCUACCUGGCAUCAAAGCAGCUGUCAGCAUAUCUGGAAGUAGCUUUAACUCCUUCGUUCCUCUGAAGGGGGAUGGCUUCACUAUUCCUGUCCACCCAUAUGACCUGGGGAGAAUGAAGAUCAGUGAUGAAUCUGGAAUAGUAGAUUUUUCAGAUGUCUUAGAUGAUCACAUGGACCCAGCAACUUGGGAUUGUCGCAUUCCUGUGGAGAGGUCCUUAGCCAAGUUCCUCUUCCUGUCUGGACUGGAUGACAUGAACUGGAAAAGCGAUCUCUAUUGCCAGGAUGCUGUUCAGCGCCUUCAGCAGCAUGGCCGGGAAGUGGAGUUUUACUCCUAUUCUGGAGCAGGGCACCUCUUGGAGCCACCAUACUUACCUCUGUGCAAAGUUUCAAUCCACAGGGUGCUUGGGAUGUUGGUGCAUUGGGGAGGGCAGUGGAGAGAGCAUGCUAAAGCCCAAGAAGAUGCAUGGCGCAGGAUACAGGCCUUUUUCUGGCAACAUCUGAUGGACUCAGACAUCCCUAAGAGCAAGCUGUAGUGGAAGAUGUCAUAGAUGCUAGCCAGGGAUGGUAUUUCAACACUCACUGGAUAGGAAAUCACCAGAAGUUUCCUGGACUGCCUUCCUCUAAACCCCACUGGUGCAUAGUUGUUUAUUUUUAUUCCCCAAAUAAUUUCCCAUUAUUUUAGUUGAAUUUCAGUUGACCUCUGAUCCCGGCAUCACAGUAGAUUGGCACCAUCUGUGCUGUAGUCUAAAAACAACCCAGCAUCCCAUCAUCUAAAUCACAUUUGUACUGAGCUAUCUUUGCCCUCAAUCUGCAGCCAUCUCCUUUCAUAAGAGGAAAUACUUUCACAGGAGGAGUUAUCCAUUGAAUGGUUUAGUCUUGCACCUUUAACUAACCUAGAUAUAAACAGCACUUUUGUUGAACAACAUAUUAGUACACUCAUCUUUCCUCCUGGUAUAUUCUUUUCUCCCAUUUAGUAGUAAAAAUGUUGCAGUAGUUCUGAUCUCAGCUAAUGGAAGAGGCACUCUUCUGGCUAAACCUGAAGUGCAGUGAUAACAUUCUUUUUUCUGGUACCUCAAAAUCCAGAAGUGAAUCUUACCUAGGUUACCCUGGUUGUGUAUCCUGCUGACCCCAUAUGAGUUCCAUAUUAGGGUAAAGUUUUUGCUACACUACUCAGUGAGUGCAAUGUGCAGUGUAUCUGUGUGUGCACAGUUUGCUUGAGAUUCAGCCAUCCGUGCACCUGCCAAUACCUUUCAGGUACUUCUGGUUUUCCUGAACCCCCUGUUCCUCAGACUGCUAGAUGGGUACCACACAGCUGAAGGUGUGAGUAGUUAGAGUGGGGACAUCUCCUGCUUACCCAUACUGGUCAUCCGUCAAGUUUUAUGCUGUUGUCUCUUACUUGAUUUCUGUUUGUCCCUUGUAUGCCUGUGUCCUGCAUGGACUGUGGUUGCUGCAGAUGUUUAGUGAGUGGGUGGGACUGGCAGCAGAGUAACGUAUAGCAAUAAGGAAAGUCAAACACAUUUAAGCAGUUCCAUCUGAGUAAGGGACAUUUUCUUUUCCCUCAUUUUUCUGUUUUAUUGAAGCAUUCAAAAAACCCUGGGCUGCUGAUCCACAUCUUCCUUAGGCUGUGAGUUUCUCUCACAGUCUAAUUAAUGAGAGUAAUUAGUAAUUAUUUUAUUUUUACUGAACACAGUGAGGUUUAUACAAAACUGUAUGUUGUUUUCCAGCCUGUGGGAUAACUCACAUCUAUUUUAAUCCCUUCUGAGGGGAAACCAAGCUUUCCCAGCCUUCAAUGGGCAGACCUAUACUUUGAAUGACAAAAUUGUGACCUUCCAAGAAAAUACAUUAUCUAUAGGAAACUACUGUUACAAAUAAAAAUGCUUUCCAUCAGUAAAUCA